AUGAGUUUUACAUUGUACUAUAAUGAACAAAUCUUAAAUGAAAAUGACAUUAUUACAGUUACCAAUAAUAAUAAUAAUACAAAUCAUUCAACAACAAAAUCUAGUAAACAAUUACCAGAAAAAGCUGUUCGUUUAAUGAAUGCAUGGUAUAUAACACAUGAAGAUAAUCCAUAUCCAAAUCGUAACGAUUUAGAUUAUUUAUCAACUAAUGGUGGAAUUAAAGAAUCACAAGUAAAAGCAUGGUUUUCUAAUAAACGUAAUCGAACACAAAAUACACAUCCAAAACGUGCAAAACGUUAUCUUUUGCGAAAUCAAACACAACAAAAUUCAAUAUUAUGGAAUGAUCCUCAAAAAAUUCAUGUAGUUGAAGAAUUUGAACAACAAACACUUUUAUUACAACAACAACAUUUGUAUCCUAAUUCUCAAUUACCAUCAAUAUCUUCAACAAAUUGGUCUUGGUUAUCAUCAACUUCUUAUGAUUAUUAUUAUCAUCAUCAUCAUUAA